AUGUACUACAUACCCAGGGAGAGCAACACUAAAGCAGACCUGCUCUCCAAGUUGGCUAGCACCAAAAAGAUCGGACACCUCAAGACUAUCAUCCAGGAGAAACUCCAAACUCCUACCAUAGACAUUGAAGAAGUUAUGGUCGGAGAAGAGGAGGAACCAUACUGGAUGACUCCCUACAAGAAUUUUUUAAUUUGGGGGGUGUUGCCACGAGACGAGAAUGAAGCCCGACACAUUAAACGGAAGGCCAACUUCUACGUCAUCCUUGAUGGUGAGUUAUUCAGAAGAAGGUUGACAUCACCCUUGUUAAAGUGCCUGAACAGCCAACAAGCAGACUAUGUCAUGAGAGAACUUCAUGAAGGCAUCUGCGACCUUUACACCAGGGGACACUCCCUUGACACCAAAGUGGUGCGCAUCAGUUACUAUUGGCCGACACUCAGGGUUGACACCCUCGACUUCACCAAGAGAUGA